AUGGGCUUCGUCCCUCACGCGGUGGGGGCUCUCCUGGCGGCGGCGGCGUGCAUCUUCGGCGGCUCCGGCAUCGAGCUGGCGCGGGUGUGCGGCGACGUGGACGUCUCCACGGUGGUGGAGCAGCUUCCUACGCGAUGGAUCACCCUACUGGCGGCGGAUCUUCGGAUCGCCGAUGCUGCUAGUCCCUCCGCCGGCCGCGUGUGGGCGCUGCCCCGCGGGCCGCACGUCGCCGGCUCCUUCCGCGAUGCUGAGCUCGCCGAUGUGCUCCCCGCCGCCUCCCUCCGCUCGGCCGUGUCCGGGGCGCUGCUCCGGCGGCCGCACCUCGCCACCUCCUUCCGCGACCUCGACGCCGAGCUCGCCGACGUGCUCCCCGUCGCCGCCCUCCGCCUCUCGCACGACCUGGCCGGACACCUCGAGCUCCUCCGUGCCCAUUGCCGCCAACGUGCGGCCGCCCAGUACCACGACCCCGACGAGGCCGCGCUCCACGACCGCCACCUCGCCUCUCUCUACCAGUUCGAGUUCGAGCUCGAGCACCCGCCCGACCCCACCCCCGCUCAAGUCGCUCCUCUCCAGCAUCGUUGGACGGACGAGCCGACGGAGCUGCUGGCGGAGGCUGAUGCGGACGCGGAAGACUCGCCUGUUGGAAUGCGCCUCUGCCCGGACGCGCCGCUGUCGUGCACCUGGUGGUGGUGCAGGUUGAUGCAGUUCGUCAGGUUGAUGCAGUUGGUCAGGUGCGCGUGGUGGUGGUGCCGCUGCCGUGCGCGUGGUGGUGGUGCACUUGUGCAGAUUGUUGCCUAAAUCUCAACUACUCCUGCUCGCAAGUACUAUGUAUUAUUCACAGCAGCUUUCUUUAUCUCUUACUCCCUGCACCUGUCAGCAUGUGACGUUGCCAGCAGCAUAUCUAGAUGCACCGACGAGCAAGCGACCUACAGCGACGGCGACCACGCUCGAUCGAUCGAGGCAGCAGCUACGACCUACAGCGUGACAGUGACGACUAGUGCGGGAGAGAGGAGGAGCCAGCUGCUGGUCUGCUCAAUCGAGGCUCAAAGCGACGGCGACACGGAAUGACGAGCGGCGCGGUGCGGGAGAGAUGAGGAGAACGGCGACCAUGCUCAAAGCAAGGGGAUUUGACCGGACCACUGUCCACUUGGACCAAAACCGCCCGCAAAACAGCCAAUCCGAUGCUAGGGGGGUUAUUUGUGUGGUAUGUGAUACUUAAGGGGGUCAUCUGUCCCAG